CUCAUCGCCACCUAUGGACAUCGAUACUCAGGAUGAAGCCGUGGGCCUCCUCGCGCUCUUCGACACCACACCAGAGUCGUUUGCGUGGCGCGACCCCAUUCCGCGCGAAAUCGAGGAGCAACGCGUCCGGAUGUCGGACACGCUCAUCUUCGACAUCCUUCUCGCUGAGGGCGGCAUUCGUCACGCGAACUCCCUCUAUCCGCCUACCGACGUCGAUUCUCUCCAUCGCCUCCUCGAGGCCAUAUGCAACUCUACGUACGACGCGAUCAAGCAGGACAGCCUGAUUUACUUUCUGCUGAAGUGGCACCAGGACGGGAGGGAGAUGGACUUCAGCGAGUCACGGUGCAUACAGCCGCAGUUUGUCAUCCUUGCGGACGCGUACUGGCAUCUGGAUACCGGCAUCAACGUUGAGAGAGCGGUUUCCUUUCUGUCAGACCAACGCCUGUCUGGGGAUUACAUCUCGAAGAUUAUGCAAGCGCUAUCACUCUCAAACAACCCACAUACAUACAUCCGGAAGUAUGUCCGGACAGUCCAGCCCCUCCUCACGGAGCCUCGCGACAUGGACACAUACGCGAUCGCGCUAGCAGACUCCAACAUCGCGGAUGCAUGGCGCUACCAGAGGUCUUUCUCUGAACGAAGUGAGUCGCGGCCACGGCUGGUGAAGAGGAUCCUCGACUUCUGCCUUACGCCGAAACCUCGUCUCGCGCAGCUUAAAACCCUCCUCGCACUGCACCUGACGGCGUAUGAACAAAGCCUUCUGCACGACUACGUCAUGGACCCGUCUCCCAAAUUGUCAGUAGCAUCCGUGUCCGCAAUCCAGGAUCUCGCCUGCCUUCGCCUCGUCCAGGCCGGCGAAUACGCCUCCGCCAUCAAGCUCGACCGUCAGCUGCCCCCAGGUGGUGCAGCUGCGAAGGAGCGACGGCAAAUGAUGGACGAACUCAUGGCGUCGAUGCCUGUAGCGGAACGGCAACUCCUGGAGAUAGAGCUCGAGCACCUCACGGCGGCGCCGCGACCGAGCCUCGCCGCAUCCCAGUCGUGGGCAAACAAGGCGACGAACGGCACGGACAUGAGCAUGAGCUGGGAGAGCGUGCGCGCCCCGCCUGUGUCCAUCUCUGCCAAGUCUGCCUCCGGUGCUGCUGCUGCGUCGGCACAAAAGCCAAACGGCACACCGAGCGCAGCCCCGACGAUCUCGCAGCGCUCGGGCGCACCGCGGUUCGGCGCCCCUCUGGGUACCACCCCGCAUACGGAGAUGUUCGCGCCUCUUUCGUUCCCAGCGAACACGUCCAGCCCUGCGCACGCUGGUUCCGGUUUCGCACCGAGCAUAUCAGCCGGGCGGAUCCCGCUCAUCGGCUCAAGCACGCCGCAAUCGACUUCUGCGAGCGGCGCUGCUCGCGCGCCAGCGCCGGGUGUGCGCCCAGGCUCGCUCUUCGAGACCGCAGGGAGUGCGAACCAGGCGCCGAACGCGUUCUACAAGCCGCCGCCGUCGAUCUCUGCUGGUGGGAAGCGUCCGUUUGGUCAGGACGCCCCGAUGGGACGGCAUGCUUCGACGAGCCCUCAGCGACCCGAGCCGGUAAGCGCGGGCGCGAGGACCCCCGACGGCGACGUCACGAUGCAGACGGACGAGGACGCCAUCGCGGCCGAGCUCGCUGACUUUACCCAGGGGGACACGUCGCGUGCAGAGGACCGCACCGAAAUGGGAGAGGCAGAAAGCCCGACCGCGGGGUUCUCCACGUCGGUGUUCGGCGCGCGCGCGGACAGACCGCGGGUGUCUGCGCGGAAGCUGCGCCAGGAAAAGUCGGACACGCCGGUCAUACCCGGCGCGUUCGACCCCGUGACGGACGACGAGAACGAGCGGGAACGUAUCAGCAUGCCCCCGCCCCGCCGCCUGCGACGACGGCGCGGAAGCCGCGCGCCAGUGCUACGAACGAGGACGACACGGACGAACAGCAAUGCAAAACGUAAAGAUCUCCGACAGAGCAUUCCCGGGGCCUUGAUGGACGAGGAAGAAGAGGAAGAAGAGGAUGCAGUGCCGCCCUUACCGCCGCCCACACCUGCAACGAAGAAGGGUAGCCGUAAACCGCGGACGGCCAAGGCGAGCGAGAAGGACGAGAUGACGGCGGAGGAGCUGAGGCGCCCGAGACGGUCUACUCGCCUAUCCACGGCUCCUUCAGUCGGCGAGUCGUCUCCGGAACCCGCGUCACCCACAAAACCGAGUACGAAGACACGCAGUACGCGGAAGUCUACUACCGCAGGGGCGGCAGCAGCGCCCACUAAGAGUUCACGCAGGAAACGAGGAUAG